CACAUUCUCGAUCCACUGUACAGCUGACAACGCAAGGAUGGUGUCUUUCCCUGCACUCAAUGGCCCUGAUGGCUUGAAAGCACUGAAUGACCACCUGCUGACUCGCAGCUAUGUUGUGGGAUUUCAGGCAUCGCGUGACGAUCUCGCGGUGUACUCUGCCCUAGAAACGGCACCGAGCAGCAAAGACUACCCCCAUGCAGCGCGCUGGUUCAGUCACGUAGAGGCCCUGCUCGGACAGAGCUUCCCUGGCAAGGGCGAGGGCGUCACCAUUGCAGGCGCGGCCCCCUCAGCUGCAGCAGCCAAGCCGGCUGCGCCCGCGGCUCCGGCCGCCCCCGCCCCGGCCGCCAAGGCCCCGGUGGCCGCCGACGAUGACAACAGCGAUGACAGCGACGAGGACCUGGACCUCUUCGGCGAGCUGACAGAGGAGGAGAAGGCCGCCAAGGCGGAGAAGGACGCCGUCAUUGCAGCUGCAAAGAAGCGCGGAGCCGAGAAGGCAAAGCUGACGAAGUCACUCAUCAUCAUGGACGUCAAGCCCUGGGAUGACACCACCGACAUGGCAGCCCUGGAGGCUGAGGUGCGCGCUAUUCACAAGGACGGUCUGCUGUGGGGAGCAUCCAAGCUGGUGCCUGUGGGCUUCGGCAUCAAGAAGCUGCAGAUCACGGCUGUCAUUGAGGACUCCAAGAUUGAGUCCAUGGACGCCAUCAUUGAGGAGGAGAUUGUCAGGGACGGAGAGAGUGAAACCAUCCAGUCCAUCGACAUUGCCUCCUUCAACAAGCUGUGAGCAGGGGUUUGGUGCCAGUGUGAUAGUCGAGACAUGCAUUCAGCUGUUCUGGUCAUACGAGGUGGCAGCCUACCUUUUGAUGAUGAGCCUGCCCAAUCCUGGGCCAUUCUUUCUUGGUGGACAUCUCAGUGAACUGAAUAUCAUGAAGUCUAGCUAGGAGUGUGAUGGGACAGUGUUUCUGUAUGGAUGGGAAGAUGCAGAAGUCUUGAUGUUGUCUAGGGAGAAGGUCUCAUAAUGCUCUUGUAAUAAGCGGUCUGUUGAUGC